AUGAAUUGUCAUGAAAACAAACAAAAGCGAGAAAACCCUGAAAAGGUAGGAUUUAAGUCUGUAAAGUUGGUACACUGUGAAUUCACUUCAAUUUCGUGGUUGGUUUAAACUGAUGACCUAAGUUUUUUAAAUGUUUUUGUUUAAUUUUUAGUAAAGUAGGGUUUAUAUUGCACUAUUAAAUUUUCGUCUGUGCCACAUUCUGGCGACCAAGGCAACAAAAAUACAUUUUUCACUGAUGUGACUGAUUUUUUUAUUAUAACCCUUUUUGGGGGGGUUUUAUUCUAUAUAAAUCUAAACAAAAUAGAGUCGAAACCGGAAAUUUAUUCCCCGGAUAUUUUGCUUCUUUGUAAAUCAAUAAAUCUGACUGCAUGGUAUAUUUUGAUCGAUGUGAUUGUACCACGCGAAAGUCAUUAACGAAUGACAUCGAGGACCGUAGUUCUUACCGUGAUCUGGCCAAAGGGGAGAGAGGGUUUUUCAAGCCUUUUAGUAAAAUGGCUGUGCCUUGGCUUUGACUUUAAUUUAGAGAAGGCUGAGAUUUCAAGCUCACUGAGUAACGUUUCAACAGAUACUUAAAAAAUAUGAAUUUAAGAAUGAUUGGCGAUCUGUCAUAAGGGUCGCAAAGCAAACGUUGUUAUUCAUAAAACAAACACGAUAAAAAAGUGGCAACUUCUGACAAGUACCGACUCCAUGUAGCUUCAAGAACGUUUAAUUCAGAAUUCGAAUCCUUGGCGGACUACUGCGAUGAGUGAAAUAGCGACUGAGUAUAACAAAAAAAUCACGGCGAAUAGAAUUUUAUAAUGAUACUGCCGGCGUUUUGGUUGGAAUGCUUUUAUGUUGUAAAUGAUAGUUUGUUUCGAAAAAAACAAAUCACUUUUUAGUUGCUAAUUUUCCGACAUGAUAUUAUGCAUUCGUCUUGUGGGGUAGAAUUGUUUGUUGAUAUCUACGUAAUUAUUUUUACUCUUUACUAAAAUCUCAGAACCAUCAAGACUGAAACAUUUCUCGUGACAAGUCACAACAGAAAUUUAUAAAGACUGUUUUAACGGCAUCGUUCGUGUGCCUUCAAAGCAACAAACGUAUUUUAUUUAUUGGAACCCUCUGCCUCCCAUAGUACACCUUACUUUCAUCAGUGAAAUUUACAAUCAAAAUUUAAACAACAAUAUUCACAGAGAUCAGCGUUGCGAGGAAACCAAAACGUCUACAAUACAUUUUAACAUUGAAUUAAUUUAAAACUUUUUACACUUUCCGCACUGUAACAAGCGGCAAACAACCGUGGAUAAUUUUUCAGGAUUCUGGCCAGUUCGUCGUCUUAUAAUUGAGAUUCUUGUUGUCCUGUAGAAAGAGGUGCUAACGAGAACCGUACGUUUGAAAUCGACAUACAUGUGUUAUCGUGACUCCGUGGUUAUAUUGCAAUAUACUGAUUUUUUCUUAAUGAAAGAUUGACAACCUCUAGAUAUUAAACAAUGGUAGUCGAGUCCAAAAAAGCGAGCUAUUUGCCGAUACCCCCCUCUUGGCUAAAACAGAUCUGAAGCCCUGGCGUUACUAUCCGUGCGUACGUUGCCCCUAUUGAAACCACUGGUGAUUUUCAGACCAACUAAAUACGCAAUUUUCCCUAUCAUUUUUCAGACAUGACUUUAGGAAAUUUAAAUACAGCCCAUAAGUAGGUUUAAUAAAGACCCGAGUCCUGCCAUAUUUUCGCACCGGGACCAAUGCUUUGACAUCAGAAUCAGCAAUAUAAUGAUGAUGGAUGUAGGUACGUUUUUAUGCUUCCAAACCAUCUUUAGUUAGCUUGCUUUUUUAGCAUAAAUAUUCUUUAAGCUUGUCCUUAAAACAAACAAAAAUCAACUCUCCGUUUCACGCAAAGAUUGCGAGUGUUAAGUUGCUUUACGGGUCCGUAAGACUGAUUACAGGACUCAAGAAACCGGUUUCUAUGACCUCUCAGCCAACAUUGGUUAAAUUUUUCUUUUCAGACUCAAAACGUCCCUACUCUUUAGGGGACCUACGGUGUAUAACUCAUCAUCGCGUGAUGAAAUCCUACGACGUGAUAAAUGACUUUUAAGCAUCAACAAUUUUUCAGGUGAAGUUGAUGGAAUAUGUUCUCUUGAAUAAAGAUGCCAAUUAUAUUUGAGAAUAACUUGGUAUAAGUAUAUUCUAUUCUAUCGGCGAAUCUAAACCCCUAAAAAGUUUCAAACAAAACUGAACCCUUUAUUAAAAUCCUCUGAUCAAGAAAUGUUUAAUUGAUCAAUAACAAUAACUGAAUUGGCCUAUAGACUUACCACUACAUUCCAUCUUCAUUUGCGCUGCAAGCAGCCCAAGCUGGAAACCUUAAUCUCACACGGUGCGUAACAUUUAAUUUAAGACACAGCAAAUUGGAAUUUAACAAGGACUCUGAUAGCUUACGUAACAGACGUAAUUUUGACUGCGGUCCAGAAACAGUGACUUGGGUUUUACUAUAUCAGACAUUUUCCUUUUUCUUGUGUCAAUCGAGGAAUCCGGCUGGUUACAAGUUAGGCAGAAGUUUCUUCUGACGGGGGCUCUCUGUUCAAUCGGCGAAUUUCGAACGAAAGUACCUUUUUGAAUUACGUUUCAUGUCCCAUGAAAAAACGCUGUCUUUUUUGUUGGCAGAGCAUUUUUGGUAAGAAAUCAAGAAUUUUAAAGACUAAUUUUUUUUUUAAAAACAGAAAAUAUAUAGAAGGGGCACCUGUCGGCUUGUAAGUAAAAGUCUUGGUAAAAAACAGCAACUCUCUGUUUAAAAUUUUGCAAGAUUAGAGCUGAUUACUAGGUCGUGUUAAUCAAACAAAUAUGAAUUUAAGUGUUUUCACAGCUGACUAAUGAAACAUCGCAAGUGAAUCAGUUUAGAAGCAAUUCAUUGCCAGAUCCUUUGAUUUUGAAGCUUUGUCAGUCGAACAAGUUCAUCUCCGUAGAGGACAGAAUUCUAUUGAAAGCGCUGAAAGAAUCGAGUUAAAGCUCCAAAAGUCGUUAACCAUUUAGCUGAGAAAAAAAAUGCCCCGUGCAACGAGCCACACAAAGUAAGUGUCAGGAUAGAGUCAAGAAAAAUAAAUUAACAUUCCUUUUAGAACCAUCUAACUCAGAAAGUAUCAGUUUUGUACUGAUAUGGAUAGAAAAGGAAAGCAUCCCGGUCUUACAACUAAGAAUAUGGAAUAUUUUUUCCACCGUUCCGAUUGACAAAUAUUUUUAAACUACAGCAAUACGGUAUUUCCUCAAAUCUCUUUCGUCGAUACCACGUAAGUUGUGACUUGCUAUUUACUUAAAGUAAUCCAUGUAUAGAGUGGUUUCAAGGCCGCAGUGGACCCUUCGCAUUACAAUCAGUGGAAAACUAAAGUGUGCGUACUAGAUAUUCUACCGUUAUAAAGAACUACAAUCGGCGAAAAAAAUGUUGAGACAUUGCACUCAAAUAGGGUAACCACAGAGAACAAAAGAGUCCACCCCCCCCCCCCUUCCCCUCCAAUCAAAGUUGGGGUAUUUGUUGUUUCUAUAGGUAGCUCGAACAGAGGCACAAUGUUGCAUGGAGGGGAUGAGGGAGGAAAAGCUUUCUUUUCCCCUCUGGAAGUCAGUAAAGCGUCAGAAAGCCCCUUUAGGUUGAAGUGUCUCAGCUAAUUUUGUCGCCGAUUAUAGUAACUGAAUAAACUUUAGUAACUAGGGACAAGUUGAACUGAGCGUAACAAAUUAAAGAGGCGCUCUUAAGAAUAAGUUUGACAUAAUUUUACUUCCAACACUAUUUGAUUGGUUCAAAAGACUUGCAACUCUCUUAUCGAAAGAAAUGAAACCAAAUACACCCGUAACAUGGGUGCAUAUCUAUACAAAAAAAUCCACAACAUGAAUGUAUCUAUAUAAACAACGAUAUUUUUAAGAACUAUCGCUUAUUUUGAAACUCUCUCCCGUGACCACUGCCAGUUAAAGCACACAGUCUGUUGAGAGGCUCAGGCAGACCAGGCUCGUAUGGAAGUCCUCUUGGAACGGAUUUGUACGAGAAUUCUCCCCGCUAGUCUAAAAAGCAAUGAAUAAGAAAAUGUCAAGUCAAGUCCAUUAAAGCUCCUGAUUUACCUUAUGAAAUCGAUUGUUUGUUGACUGUCAAAGCCUCAUUUCGGUCACUUUGUCAUUCUUCUCUGUUGGAAUAAUACAAAUACAAGAGUCAUCGGUUUUUUGUUGAUUUACUAUGAAAAGGUAUUGAUUUCCCAUAUUUAAAUAGUGAGAACACACUUAAGCACUCUGAAAUGAGUAAAAUCUUGAAAGAUGACGUCAUAGAACAACGCUGCUACAUGUAGUUAAUUAUUGAUUUAUGUCUCACUCUUAUCGCGUUGAUUCUGCUCGACCCAACGUCAGACUGCUAUGCGUAGGCUGUGUGAGCUAACAUGUUUAUAUUUAGAAGUUUCUCCAUCCGCCAUCAUUGCUCAAAGAGUUCUAACUCGGCGAUCAAUCGAAAAGUAGUUUAAAUAGUACAAAAAUUCAACAAAGGAUUUCUUGAUAAAAAAUGUACCAACCCGAACUUCGAGGUACGUUUGAACUAACUCGCAGCCAAAAUAAACAGGUAGAAUUACUUGGAAAGAGCCUUAAUUAAAAUAAAUGUUAAUAGCUAUUUAGCUUAAGUCAUAACUGGGUUAACUUGAAAGUACUUUGAGCAAUUAGUCCAAGCUCUUCCGGAAAACUCUAACCCCGGGGGGUACUUCCUUAAAAGAGGCUAAUGGGGAUGUGCCGCCAGAUGGGGUCGAGGUACUAGAAUGGGGUCGCACAUUUUCGGAUUUUUGGGGGUAAGACAGUUCUUCAUAUUUACGGUUAGCAAAAGUACCAGAAUAAUUUGUAACUGCAGAUGAAACGGUAAAGUGUUGUUCGUUCAAUCUAAAACUGAAAUGGGUCAAUUCAUAAAAAUGGAAAAUGGCUAAGCUGGGAUCGCAAAAAUUACAUAUACGCACAAAAGUGACUAAGAUGGGAUAGGCCACAGAAUAGACUAUAAUGGGGUAGCAAAAAUUAACCCAAGUAGCCCCCCCCCCCGUCCCCUCCCCGGGGCUCUAACGGCUUCCAGAGUUUAUAACUGUUUUGUUGUUAAUAAAUAAUCAGGCCAAGACGAGACUUAUUAGAAAUAACGAGCUGAAAAUAAGCAGAAAACAUAACAAGUUCAAAUUAAAUCAGUCAAGCUUUAAAAAUGUCGGCAAACAAUGACUGCAACACCUGCGCGACACCUACAAUCAAGAGCGUUGGAUUUUAAUACAAACUAAUUUACAUAAUAACUAAAAGUCGUCUGGUGCAGUGUUUACGAGGGUAAGUUGCCAGUCUUCUGAACUAAAUCUCGUUUUACCCAAGUUAAACAUUUACAAUUAACGCCCAGCUAACUGAAGCUUUUUUCUUUUCUCUGCUAAAAAUCAGGCAAUUGUUUUUACUAUGCAUUCCUAAACUAGUCUUUGUUUGCAAAGUAAACAAGCAAUUUUUGAGGUUUAAACAAGGCUUUUUGAGGCUUUGAGGUUUUUGAGAACAUUCUUACUAGCACUUUCCUCGACGUAAUAAAGAUGCUUUUAAGUAAAUUUAUUAAAAGUUUCAAGUCCGUUGUUUACCAAGUAAAACGUGGAUUUAUUAGUCAGUUGUGCGGGCAUGGUCCUUAAGUUAGUAAAGCUUUUUAAUGAUGCUCUCCAUUCACUACUACAAAAUCACUUCAUUGAAGUCUACGAUGACUAAAUUCAAAUACAAUCGAAACUGAGCGACUUCUCUGUGAUGUGUUCGAAGCUAAGAAGCCACUAGUUGGUGACAAAAGAUUGUCAAACAGUUACCAUUGCCAAGUAGAGAUUAUUCAAUCUUAAGCAGUCGGUUAUACAGAUACACAAACAACGCUCAAAAAUUAGUACCUGCUAUGGGAUAGCCACAAGCAGGUAGGCAGAAUUUAGUAUUCAUUCGAUUUACUAAACUGCCAGUUUCAGAGGCGCAACGAGGCAAAUUGUGUUUGUUAGGCUGAAGAAACGACCUAAUGUCUCGCAAUUUACAUUUUAAUCGAAUCUCAAGGACAGACCGUAUGAAAAACGUAAGAAGCAUUUCUUAUAUUGGUUUUUCAUGCAAAUUUUGCCACUUAAAAUACUGUUACCCUGCUAGUAGCGAUUAAAUUUUAACAGUUGCGUACUUCCACCUAAUGUGUGGAAACAAAUAUUUGGUACAUGAAUGUUUGCGCAGUGUUCGAUAAUCCCUUUUUCGUCCUGUUUUUCAUUCAGGUGAUGUUUUCGUGUACACUGCCUCCUUGUUCACCGAGCAGAAAGCAAUCUAAAAUAGCCAGAGAAAGAGACAGGAAAAAAUCACUGCAAAAAGGAAAGGAUCGCUAUAACAUUGUCAAGGGUCUAGCUGAAGGCGUCGACGGAAUUUCGUUCGAAAGUCUACUAAAACGGCGCCAUUAUCUGCGAGCAAGAAACAACUAUCUUAUUUUGGAGCCCUUCGAUGAUUCCGAAAACUACAGUAAGUAUGAUAUUUUUACUUAAUUUGUACAAUUAUAUGGUGAAAGUUAAAUGUUAUUAUCGUAAUCAGUAUUUACAAACGACUGUUUCUUGAUUAUACUGUGCCCGGGAAAUAAAUUAUUUUGAUUGGUUCUACAAAGGGUAGAUAACCAUCAAAGAUAUAACCUCCAAUAGCUACAGAAAAGUGAACUCCAGCCAUGCCUUACUGUAGCUAAACAGAUUUCUUUUUUUCUGAGAAACUAAGCGAAAGCAUAAAUCAGCCGAAAUUUCACUGCACUGCGGAGUUUACUUUGUAGUUGAUUUAUAAAACUCCUGCAAAUCAAGCUUUUCAUGUAAGUUUCUUGUCUUCAUGUGGCGAUGUAUUUAAAUAAAGUCGGUUGCAUCCCUAUGUGAGUAGUAUCAUUUCAUUUCCAAGUGAGCCCACUGAUAUGUCACAAUGAAUUGUACCUAGUGAAAAGAAUCGACGAUUCUAAAACUACAAAAUGUAUUCGGUAUUACUAAAAGCAAAACACGAUUCGAAACUACUGUUUUAAUUGCAUUUUUGGCGCUCCUUUACGCGUCUCCUUGAUCAGUUGUUGCCGUCAAAUUUGCGGACAAGUCGAUGCAAGAGUGUCUUUAUUUUUCGCUUUAGUACCAAACGGAGCUGCACAGCGCAGGCUUCGGUUAUUUAAACGCAGCCAGGGUUUAGCCUGUGUUUCAGUCAAACACGAUGGUAUUCUAAGUGAACAGCAUGGAGAAGGCAUAUGGUGCUGACAAGGCCGAAAAACAUUAUACAUGCAGUGGAAGGCGUAACGGACACUUUGGGAAGCGGACUCAACUCCCAUACAAACUCUUUUUUUACAUUCUCGUAAGCGGCCAGCUCCAGGUACGAACACCUUUUUCGCGGCCCGGGGGUGUCCGCUUAAGAGAUUUUCCUCUGUACUGCUUAAAAGAAUUCACUUACAAACAGAUCAGGAAGUUACUGAGUUACAGUUGACUCAAAUCACGGAGAUGACUUCGAUUUUAUAUAUUAACCAAACCCAUAUGUUUACUGUCAAUAGUUCUCAUGAGCAAAUCUAACAAUGAGCUCGUUUUGAACAUUCGACACAGCUUUUCACGAACAUUUUUAAUUUUAGCUAAUUUUUGUAUCGAUACGUAUUUGAUUCUCACUUCCUUUUAGCAAAUAAAGCUCCGUAAAACUAAGUUCUUUAAAAACAUAAGCUGUGGCUGGAAGUUCUUUGAAGUAAGCCUUUUAAUUGUUUUCCACACUGAGUAGCUAUCAAUUGUAUGGGAUUUACAAAUUGUUUUGAGUCGAGAUUUUUAUCACGCGGCAAUCAUCAUGAAAAGUCCGGUACGGUGUAGAAUCUUAGAGUUUGAUUUGCUAAUGGCUGACGAUGAUUGGUCAAAGUUGAAAUUUAGGUGAAAGAAGGAAGAGAGAAGCACACAGUAAUUUUUAGGUAGUUAUUAAAACUCCAAAAAUGGAGCAAAAAUUUUAGGUACAGGAUAACCCCUUUUAUGGGGGUUACUUUAACUCCUAAUUUAACACCAAAUUUGGGGUCAUUUUUACUCCUUAGAAAGAGUUCUUUUAACUGCCGGCAAUCAGGAGUUAAAAUAAUUCAGAAAAUGGGGUUAUUUUUACUCCUUAUAUUAGUUGUUUUCACUCUUUUGGGGAUUAUUUUAACUCCUCAAUAUCUGGGGUGAUUUGUACUCCUGAAAAAGAGUUCUCUUAACUCCUUUUUGGAGUUAAAAUAACUCCCCCCAAAAAUAACUCCUCUGUAAAGAGGAGUUAUUAUAACUCCUUGAAAAUUACUGUGCAUUUAUUGGCAUAUAAAUUGGCUUUCGGCCCGUUGUUUACGCUCUCUGAAAAGCCCAAAUAUAAAUACUGAGGCAUUUUUAAAGUUCUAAGAAAUAUUUUUUUUAUGUUGUUUCAAAGUGCUGGAAGCAAAAUCAAUAUAUAGAAUCAACGAUCUAGGAGUUUUUUUAUGUCUUGAGGUCAACUUGCACGGUCGGCUUUCAAAGAGAAGGGAAGGUUCGAACGAACAUACUGUGGAAGGAAGGAAUCGGAUUUGAAAAGUAAUAUCUGGCAAAUUUACAAAAACUCGGCUACAGAGAAUAAUUAACAUUCUAGGCCUAAUUGGCCUUAUCCUCUGUGCAUGACUAGGGAGCUUAACGGCAACGGCAGAAAAAACGUCUCCAAAACAAGUGAAUUCGCGCUGUUUCAAACGUCAUUGCCCUUAUUCCAACUCUUUUAAUUUGUCAAAUGUUGGCGAUUUUUUCAGGAGUUGAAUGCUAGAGGACUGUAUCUAAGUUCACAAAAGAAAAUUUAAGAAAAUCGUUGUCUUCUGUUUACGUCUUCCAUAGAACGUGAAAUUAGAAAGUUUCACGUCGUAGUCGUGCAGUGACGGCAAAGAAAUGUACAAAAAAGGGCGACGCACGUUGUUUUGCUAAUCUAAACCUGUUAAUUUUUGCCGUUGUCGUUGCCUUCGCCGUCAUCGCUGCUCAAGCUCCCUAUUAGAGAGCUUUAGAUUUGAGGACCACAAAGAGUACGAAUAUACGAGAUUUAGUGCGUGUUCUAAAAAAAAGACACUCCGGAAAGCGUCAAUUUACUUUAUUUCACCAAAAAAUUUAGUACGCUUAUUUAUACUGAAGGAGGUUAAGCCCUCUCGCGAUAGCAGACAUAGCAGAAUCAUAAAAGUUCUUACAUUUGUUCCCGCCACUACGACAUUCUCGCUAAAACUCGUAGUACAAUGACGACGGCUAUCACGUUUUCCCGCCAAAAUCAUGAUGACACUGGCUUACGCGGGAGCAAUACUCAGUAUUGAGAAAAUCCCGUACUCGACGUCUUUCUCGUCUCACUAUCUAAAGCUCUCUAUCAUCUGUAGAGAACCGCUUGAAGUAGCACUAGGACUCAUGCAGUAAUAGCCUCGUAUUUUUCGUGUAUGGGAAUAUUUGUCCUGAUCUGGGUCAGUAAUUCACUUGAAGGUCUGAUUUCACUUUGGCAAAUUCCUUAAAUCCUAUUUUUCAUACAAAGUCUAUAAAUCGUUCGUAAUAUACAAAAUAGUAUGAAACAUAGGGUAGUUUAUGCAUCGAGCUUGGGCCGCCUGUCCUAAAACCAUCAUCAUCCUCCCCCCCCCCCAAAAAAACCCCCCCCCCACCCCCCCCCCCCCCCCCCCCCCACAACACACACCCACCAAAGACCACUCGCCACCACCAAACAAACAGAAAAAUUACCCAACACACAAAUCCAAAUAAACAAAAGAAAAACUGGGUGUUUUUUUGCACGAGCUGCGGCCCCCCCUCCCAAAACCACCCCCCUCCCCCCCCCCCCAAAAAAACCCCCCCCUACCCCCCCCCCCCCCCCCCAUCUCUAAUAAACCAGCAGCUCAAAUGGAACUUCCUCUAGUCAAAAUAAAGGAUAAAUUCUCGCAUACAUACAUUACAAAGAAAAGAAUGCUAAACUUUGUUCUUUUCUUCAGGGAAAGAAAGCACAUUCCUCCCUCUUCAAGAUAUGUGGUUUGAAGGUUACUUUGCUUUCGAAUCACUCUUGAAUUCAGCGCAUUUUAUUCGCCGAUGUGGAGAGCAGCUUCUUCUGCAAAAGUACGAAAACUCUCAUUUCUUUAAAGAGGAUUCAAGUUUCAAAUUAACCAGAAAACGCUGCAUAGGUAAGAAUGAGUUAAAAAUAGCCUAUACAUGCAACCACAGAAAGCUUGGCUUGUCAUUCCUGUCGUCAGUGUCGUGUUGGGGGAGAGGGGAUUUUCCAUCCAUAGUACCUUUUUGGGGUGUAAUGUUUUGGGAUUGUUGCAUGAGCAGCUUAGGGUGCUAAAAUCUAAAAUGACCGCCAUUAGAGUCAUUUUUAAUGGUACUUUGUAGUGCUCUUUUAGGGGCUCAAACCGAAAAACUUAUUUUAACUGGUGGCCACUAUGGCCUUGUAGAAGGCACAAGUGUAAUAAAUGGACCCAAGUGUAAUAAAGGUCCCAUCACCUCUAUAGGUGUUACGAACACCUCCGCCAUUUAAGGGGAUUUCCUCCUGGUCGUGACUAUCCCUCAUUUCUUCGCGAUUACAUUCAUGACUGAUCAACCAGCCGUAAGUUUACGAUUGUUCCACUCGGAGCUUUGAAAGCUGAAGAAAAUUUUUCUUCAACGUGUCUUAUUUUACCACUAAAUUUCGAAAAAAGAUUUGAGCCUUUUCCGAUUGAAUUUUUUAAGCACUCUUUACAACCGAAAAAAAGAAACUAAAGAAGAAAGUUAAGAACAAUAUACAAGGUUAAAUUUACUGACUUUUCAACUGGUGCUAUCAUUUCUCUUUAAGCCUGUAUAGGGGUAGGCUCUCGAGUAUGGGCAAGAGCAGAAAAGGGCUGUUUUUUCCGAGGUAUCGUGACAGAAAUGAACGACGAAAUUCAUGUGAAGCUUGAUAAUGGCAAGAAAAUAAGACACAAGAGGUCGCAUCCCGAAUGCAUUGUAGCAGAUGUCAUUCCUCACGCCAUGGAAGUGGAGAUAGGGACCCGAGUCUUGGCUAAAUGGUACAAUCGCUUAGACACGUUUUAUCCAGGGACUGUUGUUGCUGUACGGCGAAGUCUCUUUGAUAUACGGUUUGAUGACGGAGACAAAGGGUGUAAUGAACUUAGAGAGUUGAGGAUUCUGGGACCAAAGACUGAAGCAGACGAAGGUACAAUGUUUUUAAGAUUAUUCCUUUCAUUCAUGCUUUUUCAUUUCAUUUAUUUUUCCCAUUCCAUUAUAUAUAUUACAAGAUAAAUCACAGACAAACCUUAGUACUUGAGUCAAAGAGAGUUUAUUUACAUUGAAUUUAAAUGAGUUUGUCAUAAAAAAAAAGAAGACGAAUGGAAAGGAGAGGGGCACAUCUAGGUCAGCUAAUAUUUUGCCCCUAGAAAAUAACGUAUUAUAAGAAACUAUUGUAGGUUCUAAUAAGUAGUAAUUUAAGAGAAAAACGGCAUAGUUUGUCCCUUUUUUUUGGUUUGCUUUUUACGAGGUUCCCCCUAAGGUUUCGUCUUAAAAUCUACGUAAAAUUUGCUAAAUCAACGAGAGGGACAAAAAAAAAAUGGGUCAUCUUGACCUCUGGGAGAUGACCGUGCUAUCAUUCAUACUUGCGGCAAAAGAUAAAAAUUCCGCCAAAAAUUAAAUUUCUUUUGUCAAAAUCCCAAGAAAUAAAUAGUACAAUGCAAAUUUCUCCCAAAGAAGUUUUAUUUGAAUGGUAAUACCAUGAGAUUUUGUCCACAGAUUUAAAACUUAGACGGCUUGUCCUGAAGUGCUCCUGGAGUGAUAGGAAUAAAUGGUAUAUUUUUUGAAAUCUGACAACUCACAAACGUCAGAUUUUGUUCUCUGAUCAGAGCUUGCACUCUGAAUGCAAUUGGUUCGCAAAAUCAAUAGCUGGUCUGCUUGUACAGUUGAGCCUACAGUCAGAGGCCCGUAUCCCUGGAGCCUUGAUCCAUCUCUCUAAGGCCUGGAUCUCAGAACAGCAGCUUAUUUACAGAUUAAUGAGGCUGCGUAGGAUGUGAAGAAUUAUGCAGGUCGGGGAGAGAGUUACCCACCGAGGCCGAAUGUCGAGGUGGAUAUACAGGAGCCCGUAAACCGUUUGCAGAAUUACGCUUUUUGCUGAUCGUUUCUAUGUUAGAACCGCGUCGAAAACUGAAAUAUCAAAUUACUAGACUUUGGUCUAACAACGAAACACUUCCUUGUAUUAAAAGAUUAAUACCUUAUUUUAAAAUUACAAAGGGUUGUUUAUUUUUGUCUCAAUUUUAGGAGGCGGAAAAACUCUUCCUCCUUGGUCCUCACUCGAUGGAAUUCCUCGCGUGGGCGGCUUGUGUAUCGAAUACGGCAGUCUCCUAGCAACAAGUAACCGAGACGUGAACGAAAAAAUAACGAUAGACUAUGAAAUCAUGUCUCCACUGGACUCCCCAGUAGAGCGUAUUUCCAGUCCUUCCGAACAUGCGAAUGUAGCCGAUAUGGCGGAAAAUGAACAUUUAGAUAAUCACUCUGAUAAUCAUGCCGAAAGCGAGGAUAAUAAUCAGCAAGAUGAGGGCUUUGGGUUUGAAAACAAUUUCCAAUACCUCACGCCUGGUAUUUGUGAAUCAGCACCACGAAAUCCGAGUCAGGUCAGCGGAAGCUCAACAGACAGUGGUUACCAUGGAAACAACCAUAAUCGACAGCGGAAAACCGGUUUGUGGACGGUCACCACCUGUGAGUGCAUGCUUAUCCGAUAGAGUGUUUUUUUUUAAUUGGCAAUUUUCUUUCAAAUUCUCCUGUGACUAAUUCCUCAACAUAAUAGCAUGUUGAUACUGUUUUUCAGCACAAUCCAACAGUUCAGUUUAUGUUGAGGCAAUGUUGAAACUUUCAUACAAAAUGACGACAACCAAAUCCUGCUGUUUUAUCCAAGACAAAAAUAUAGACAUAAAUAACAAAACAGCAAAGAGAAAAGAGACUUGAGGUUUCCCGAUAAUUCUGACGGACAAACCGUCCUUCUUCAGGGGAUUUAAUGAAGAAUACAUUUUGAGGCAAUGCUAUCCUGAAUCUGAUCCAGCUCUCUUUAUCAUGAGUUGACCGUGCAAUAAUUGUUUCCAACAUCGGGUAAUGGUCAUUAAUUUGAUCUACUUGAGGUUACUAUUACAGUGGUACUACCCAUGUCACUUAUGAAAACUAGCGGUUGUUUUUUUCAAAGGUUUAAUAAAUCAAACUUCGUUUUAGGCAAGCACGGAGCGUCAAGGUUCCUGACAGAAAAACUGUAUUAAUAUGUUAUCUUAAACAAAUCUUCUGUCUGAAACGUCUCUCUAAUUUAGCGUACACAAUGUUUCAAGUAUUAAAAGAUAAAUGAAAGCAGAAGGUACUAUACAAUAUUUUUCUUGCUGGUCUUCGCUUUUUUUUCUCUUCUACUCUCUGACUUUCUUAAGGAAUUAUUCGUAUUCGAAUUUGCUGUUUGGGAACGUGUCCAUCGUCGACCAAAGCGGCAAGUCCCUUAAUCAGUCUUGGACAUGUUUCAUUUAAAUACUGACUUUUGAUGUUUAUUCUUGUACUUUUUCCCACCUGCACCUAGUUUAAUGUUUACUCUUUGACCUCUAUUCUCGCUGUCUCUUCUACCUGUAGCUCAACACAACGUCUCCCAGUGUGGCAAUAAUAAGGCCCAGUUCCUUUCUCCUUUGAAAUAUCUCUCGCACCUGCACGUGCCGGGCCUUUCAGAUAUGUCGGAUGUAAAGCGAAACCUUAGUGAGUUGAGCAUGACUUCCAGUGUAGACAGCGGUUUUAAGGGCAGCGGUCAUUCCUUCAGACUGCACGCGCCUGGGUCGCCAGGGUUGCCGGUCAGAUGUAAGUGUAUGGAAUGACCAUGCGUAUGCACGAGCACUGCAUGUGAUUUUGAUCAGAUCUAUUUAUCACACUGACUUCUAAUUGGACAGUUGCCUUACGAACUUAUCUUUAUUCUUUUACUACCUACUUCAGUUGUAUUUCUUUCAGUCUUUUAACUGACACGCGUUGUCUAAAACGCCCUGACGCUUUUUAUUACUUGUAAGUUUUUAUAGUUUUUGCAGUUUCCUUCCAUUGAACCUAAACUCAUCCUCAUGGCCUUCUCGUUCAGAAUCAUGGCAAAUAUUUAAAGCAAACAUCGGACUCUUUCUAGCCAGGAAACAUGGAAUCACCGUUUUCAAAAUGUAGAAGAACCUAGGGGUACGAAUCAAUUAAUGAGCUCAAUUCCUGUCUGUCUCUCUCUCUCCGUCUCUCCUUCCAACCCCCCUUAAAAAUAAGACAGUUUACUUAGGGACUAGCCAACAAUAUAUCUUACUUUUGCUAAUUCAUGUAGCUUAUUGCGAUUUGCUGAUAGUCCAGUUUCGAAUUAAAAAUUAACGCUGAAUACAAACAUUAACGACACAUUCAUACAGGGUUAGCCUCGACGUAAAGUAAAAUAUUCAGAAAUUCCGGCAAGUAAGUGUUUGAAAUUUGAAUAUACUUAAUAGACAGGGUAACAAACAGGUCUUUUUCUCGUUGGAAUUUGUGAAUAUAUUACUCAGAUGGAGGUUAAACCUGUAAAAAAUGCGCCUUCACUUCUUUAAUUCAGCGGUCUUAGCGAACUCCAAACUGGACUAUUAAGUAUGGCGUCAAUAAAGAAUGGUUUUCAAUAUAGUUGGCCAAAAAGUAACAAUUCUUUUUUUUCUCUUCUCCCAGGCCCCGGCCGUGCAGUUCCCGUGCUCAAAGUCGAAGAGUUCUCCUGGAAAGACGAAAAAGAACAUGAGCCAGAGACAGAAAUACCGGAGAAUGUUAACAAUUUGGAAAUAAAUGGAGAGGCAGUGCACAGUGGACCAGUAGGUACGUUUAUCAGGUCAUUAGCCGCUUAUCAUCUUGCUCUUUGUAGACGCACGUGA